AUGGAAGAAGAUCCUUUGUCUAGUUCUUUCUUUGAACCUUCUCAAUUUCAGUCUUCUAUAUCAGCAAGUCCUGAAAUUCCGGAAGUUAGUCAGUCUACAUCGUUUACUACAGAAUCUUUGAACAACAUUAACCCAUGGGAGCCUCCUCAGUUGAACGAUAUUUCAACUAUUUUGGCGGACGUCUUAUUACCCGAAGUAUAUAAUUCUGCUUUUGCGCAGGCGUCACCAGUUGCUGGAACAGUUCCUAUUUCUGCCUUAAGUAAAAUUUUAGGCAUUAGUGGGCUGCCCCACGCGACGAUUGAAAGAAUUAUAAACUUGGCUGCUGCGGCAAAUAGCACUCGUGUAAAUCGCGGAGAAUUUAACGUAGCUCUCGCUUUAGUGGCAUUGGCACAAAAGAAUAUGGAUGUCUCAAUUGAGACAGUAAUCGAGAGAAAAAAUGAUCUUCCGGAGCCAAUUUUAACAAAUUUAGAGAGCAUUAAUUUCAAUCGAGAUUUAACUUCCCUUAGCUCCUCGCGUCCAAUGCCCUUACAAGCCGAUGAUCCAUGGGCUAUGCCUACUACAAAUACAUCAAAUUCAACAUAUGCCCCACCAACAAAUUUUCCUACAACUAGUAACAUUAUUAACACACCAGCAAUGAUUUCUAUUUUGCCUAACGAAAAUGAUUUCCGAUGGUUUUUGGACAUGGAUCUUAUAACUGUAAAGAUUGCGCCGGAAAGAGAUGUUGACGAAUCUUUUCUGGAAAAACGGCGGAAAGGAUUAGCUCGUUUCUUGAACUUUAUUGCGAUGCAUCCAAUCUUGAAAGAUGACGAAUUAAUAGAAAUGUUUCUCAAAGAAAAAAUGGAAAUAGCUGUAUGGCGUCGAACCAAUACUCCUGAUUUAGAAGAAGAAUAUCUUAAAAGACAGGUUACACCUGAAAUGGAGCAGCGUAUACCUGAAGAUUUAGAUCUAAGGUUGGAAAAAGUUGUUAGAAAAUUAGAUGGUACUGUUGAACAUUACAGAAAUAUGUGCAAUAUAAUGGAGCGUAUCGCUCGUCGUCAAGAAGGCAUGGCAACAGAUUAUAUGCGAUAUAACUUGGCCCUGAACUCUUUGAUAGAAAAAGAAAAGAAUUGUUAUAUUGAAGAUUGUUAUAAUUGUUCACAAGUAGUACAAGGGAUGAAGGAAGUGUCAAAUCAUUUUCAAAGAACAGGCGCUAUUAUGGAAAAUGCCUCUGCAGCAACGCUUGAAUCUGCCUUAGAAAAUUUGAAACGUCAACGUGACCUUCUCGUUUCUUUUAGAGAAACUUUUGAACGAAAGGAUCGGUUGGCUAUUGACUCGAUGGAGUCCCUCAAUAAUCGAAUAACAAAUAAUAGAGUUCGCCUCGCGUCGAUAUCUAAUAAGGAUCCCAGUGAUCCGGAAGUAGAAAAAUUAAAUGCUUUAAUUCAAAAGGAUCAAGAAGAUAUUAAACACCAGCUAAUGCGAAAAGUAUUUAUGCGUUAUUGUCUAUAUUCUGAACUAACUUUGUUCCAUAAAAGCACCGCUUUUAUCUCUCAUUUAUAUCAGAACUUUGUAAAUGAUCAAAUCAAGUAUUCACAACAGCUUUAUGAAAAUUGGAGAUCAUUGAGUCCCAAAGUAUAUGAAAUGCCCAUUGAAACGAACGGAUUUAGUUAA